AUGAGCUCUUACGUUUACUCAUGGCCCAAGUGUGAACCAAACACAUCUGCAGCCAACAUCUCAGGCUUCCACACUCUGCCAGCUCAUAUUCAAAACUUUCUCUUCUACCGCCACUGUCGACACUUCCCCAUGAUCCUGGACAUUCCCGACAAGUGCGGCGGCCCGGGAAAAUCAUCCGACGUUUUUCUAUUUCUGGUCAUUAAAAGUUUACCGGGAAACUAUGAGCGGAGAGAGGUCCUGCGCAAAACAUGGGCCCAGGAACGGAAAGUCAACAAUUUACAGAUCCGAAGGGUUUUUAUCUCUGGGACGUCGGGCAGUGGCGAAGAGAAGAUGAGACUAAACAAGCUUCUACGAGCAGAAAAUAAGUUAUAUUCUGACAUUCUGCAGUGGGACUUUCAGGAUUCCUUCUUUAACCUCACCCUGAAGCAGAUUCUGUUUCUGGAGUGGAUGGAGAGAAACUGCCCCAAAGCUCGCUUCCAUUUUAAUGGCGACGAUGAUGUCUUUGUCAACACAAACAACAUGGUGGAGUAUCUCCAUGACCUCCAGGACAACGAUGGCAGCAAGCAUCACUUUAUCGGGCAUCUGAUCGAGAAUACAGGCCCUAUCAGAUCACCAGCGAGUAAGUACUAUGUUCCAGUCCAGGUGGAGGAAUCUAACCACUUUCCUCCGUACUGCGGCGGAGGAGGCUUCAUACUCUCCGGCUUCACGGCUUUAGUCAUUUACAACAUGUCCUUGUCCACACAGCUGCUUCCUAUUGAUGAUGUUUACAUGGGCAUGUGUCUGGCCAGGGCCGGCUUACGUCCUCAGGCACACAUGUUAGUGAGGACUUCAGGACUUCACAUCCCGUCCAAAGUGGAUGGACACGACCCGUGCAUUUACAGAGAUGUCCUGUUGGUGCACCGCUUCCUGCCCUGGCACAUAUUUCUCAUGUGGGUUCAAAUAAAUGAUCCUGGUCUAAACUGCAGUACUUCUUCCAACAUUUCCAACACAAGAUGGCAGAAAUGA